GUUCAACAAUCCAACCGACAAUUACAACAAUGGCUGAUCGGGGAACUGGUGCCCGCGGCGGCGGCUUCGCUUCUCGUGGCGAUCGUGGUGGUGACCGUGGCCGUGGCCGUGGCGGUCGCCGUGGUGGACGUCGCGGCGGCGGCAAGAGCGACGAGAAGGAGUGGCAGCCCGUCACCAAGCUCGGCCGUCUCGUCAAGGCCGGCAAGAUCAAGAGCAUGGAGGAGAUCUACCUCCACUCGCUCCCCAUCAAGGAGUACCAGAUUGUGGACUUUUUCCUGCCCAAGCUCAAGGAUGAGGUCAUGAAGAUCAAGCCUGUACAGAAGCAAACUCGUGCCGGUCAGCGCACCCGGUUCAAGGCCAUUGUUAUCAUUGGUGACUCCGAGGGCCACGUUGGUCUCGGUAUCAAGACCUCGAAGGAAGUUGCGACCGCCAUCCGUGCCGCCAUCAUCAUCGCCAAGCUCAGCGUUAUCCCCGUGCGGCGUGGGUACUGGGGCGCUAACCUCGGUCUCCCCCAUUCUCUGCCCACCAAGGAGAGCGGCAAGUGCGGUUCCGUCACCGUCCGCCUUAUCCCUGCUCCCCGCGGUACCUCUCUCGUCGCUUCUCCCGCUGUGAAGCGUCUCCUCCAGCUCGCCGGUAUCGAGGACGCCUACACCUCGUCCUCCGGCUCGACCAAGACCCUCGAGAACACCCUCAAGGCGACCUUUGCCGCCGUCUCCAACACCUACGGCUUCCUCACACCCAACCUGUGGAAGGAGACUAAGCUCAUCAGGAGCCCUCUGGAGGAGUUUGCCGACACCCUGCGGGACGGCAAGCGGUAUGCUCACUAAGGUACUGGGUGAGGGUAAGCUCAGUCAGCGGGGAAAACGGUGCUUCGGGGCGUCUAUGGAUUUGGGCUUUGCAUGGGCUCCGGCAAUGGCAUAGAUUGAGGCUGUCGAAGUUUUAGCACGAUCGCCUGAAUCAAUUUCACAAUAUCAACGACACUUAUGGGUGCCCGUGGCCCGUUGAGUUUGUCCGUUCGUGGGAAGUUGUGGCAGUCCGUAAUUGAUCAG